AUUAAUUAGUUACUCAGGGGAUGGGUACUUGAACAAAUCACAAUUCAUUGCACACGAACAGUGAUUGCUCUUAUCUGUCGAUGUAAAGUUAAGGGAUCCCUUCCACGAUCUUCGUUCCAUUCGAGUUGAGCGCGAAGCAGGUCGACAUCAUACCCUGAUCCCUUUCCAAAUUGGUAUCUCACGCGGAAGUUCUAAUCGACAUAUUCUUCAAAGGGAUUAAGCCCAGAACCUAUGUUUAUUCCUCCCAUGCGACGACGAGAGCACAUCGUCGUUAUCGAGCGGAUUCAUAAACGGAAUCCAUUGGGCCUCACUGCAGCACUAUACUCAUCGAGAUGGUACACGAACGCUGACAUAAAUAUCGGCAAAACAUGCCCCAUCCCUUGUCUGGAAACGAAAACCUUUUUCAGCUUUUCCGACUGCAGUAAGACAGGCGCGUCGUUGAAAUGAUCAAGGCUGAAAAUUUGUAACUUAGUUAACGGCCCUGAAUAUAUCAUGAUCUCCUUUGAGAGAAAAAGUGAUCUUUCGCCUAAUGCUCUAUAUUUCGUCUACAUGAAGCUUCAGCAGAAAAAAAAAUAGAAGAGCAAAUGUAGUCGAUGUCGUAUCGUGGAAAAAUAUGUGGAACGAGCAAAAGAGAGGAAAUCUUGGAAGGCGUUCCUUCGAUAACGUCCGGCAUCGUAACACGGUUGGUCUCAUGUGCCUCGUUCCACGAGAAUCGCAUACUCCAUUCAGGUGAGCUUCCUCCUGUUUCGAUGUCAACGGGCCGAGAGUUACCGUCGCGCGCUGGCGUGGCAGAAGAAGUACCUCUUGCAGCUGCUGUGCGAUUACCAAGAGACGGAGGCGUUGGCGCUGGAGCGCAUCGACAGCCUCGCGCCGGUCGUGGGCUCCGAGGCCCUGCCGCGGGCGCUGCAUUCGCCGCGAGGGGAUGCGAGGCGACGGAAUCCGCUCUUCAGGUUCAGGGGGGCGGCGUACGUGUGCGUGGCGAUGUUUCGCAUGAAGAUCCUGGUGAGGCACUGGGCGGGGAAGAGGAGGACGGCGUCCAACACGGCCGUGAACGUUCUCAACGGACGGAGACCUCCGGAAAGGACGAUCGCGACCGGAGGAAAUGGGAGUGAGGGGGGGGUGCUGAGCGUUUACGGAUUUGGAUCCACUCCGCCGACGCGAGACAGUUCCAAUGCACGUCCGAAUGGGGGUCGAGGGAGUUCCAGCCGUCGCAAUCUCUUUCCGUCCUCGCAGGGAUUACCUCCAUCUCCGAUACCGUCUCGAGACGGGCGGUUGUCGAGGUAUUUGGAACGAUUCGACUCGAUUCAGGAGAUACUCAACCGUUACGGGUUCUGAGUCGGCUUUUUCCUCCUUUUUCGACGGUGAACGUGUGUGAUUUUAUUUCACGGAAUGAAUUUUGCUUCUGAUGUUGACAGUGGAAAUUGUGCCAAAUGUGAUGAUGCACCAGAGCUACAGUCAUUUUUCAUCAUGUGAUAAUUUUAGUGUUCGCUUUCCAAAUACACAACGUGAUUGAUGAUUUUUUUAAA